GGAGAGUGAAGUUCUUAACAUUUUUAUUUUUUUUUUUCUUUUGUCUUUUUUGUCUGACUGUAUAAAAGCACUUUUUAUGGAAAAAAAAAAACUCAUCAAUCAUGGAUCAGAUUGAACAACAACUUUCCUUGUUAGAUAAAGAUAUUAUUCAAAUUGAUUUACAAUUAGAAAAAUUACAAGAAAAACGUAAUAAACUAGUACAACAACGUAAACAAUUACGUGAACAACGAACUAUUAUUCAAACAACAACAACAAUAACAACACUUCCUGAUUAUCAUAAUAAUACUUUUCCUUGGACACAACAACUUUAUCAACUUGCUAAACAACAUUGGAAUAUUCUUUCUUUUCGUUCUUUACAAAUACCUAUUUUAAAUGCUGCUUUGGAUAAACAACGUGAUAUCUUUGUUGUAUUACCAACUGGUGGUGGUAAAUCCUUAUGUUAUCAACUACCUGCUCUAAUAGAAUCUGGUUUUACCUUGGUCAUUAGUCCUCUAGUAUCCCUUAUUAAAGAUCAAGUUUUCCAUUUAUGUGAUGCUAAUAUACCUGCUGCCUGUUUAACCGCUUCAAGUACAAAAGAACAAGUUCAAACCAUUUUAUCUUCCAUGUCAACAAAACAAGCUUUACCUUUUAAACUACUUUAUGUCACACCAGAAAAAAUCGCCAAUAGCAAACGAUUAAUGGCCAAACUUAGUCAAGCUUAUGAUGCUCAUUUAUUGGAUCGAAUUGUUAUUGAUGAAGCUCAUUGUUGCUCUCAACAAGGACAUGAUUUUAGACCUGAUUAUAAGAAAUUAAACGUAUUACGACAUGUUUUCCCAAAGACACCUAUUAUGGCACUUACUGCAACUUGUCCAUGGAAUGUAAUGCGAGAUGUGAUGCGAAUCCUUGGCAUGCAAGAACCUAAAUUUAGUGAUGGAUCUUUAGUUUAUAGUGCUCCUCUUUAUCGUCCGAAUCUCGUUUAUAAAGUUCUUCCAAAACCAGAUUCUCAAGAAGAAGUACUACAACAUAUGGCAGAUUGGAUUAUGAAGUAUUAUCCAACUAGUUCGGGGAUUAUUUAUUGUUUAUCGAAAAAAGAAACUACUACGAUUGCUGGAGCUUUGUAUAGUAAAAGUAAUGGUUGUAUUCGAUGCGGUGUUUAUCAUUCUGAAAUGUCCGAUGAAGACAAAGAAGAAACUCAUCGAAUGUGGCGAGAAAAUCAAGUACAAGUCAUUGUGGCUACUAUUGCUUUUGGAAUGGGAAUCAAUCAUUUACAAACUCGGUUUGUCAUACAUCAUACUUUAUCCAAAUCUGUGGAAGGUUAUUACCAAGAAAGUGGUCGUGCUGGACGCGACGGAGAAAAAGCCGAAUGCAUUUUGUAUUACCGAGGACAAGAUGUUACAAGACUUUCUACAAUGGCAGUGACAGAAGUUCAAGGUCGAGAUAAUUUGAAUGCAAUGGUACAAUAUGGUCAAAAUUAUACCAUGUGUCGAAAAGUGUUUUUCGAAAAAUACUUUUUUUUGGAAUCAGGCAACUUACAACAAGGAUUAGUAAAUGAAAUCACUCCGGAUAUUCCAUGUGGUAAUUGUGAUAAUUGUUUACGUGACAAAUCAACUGUGGUAGAAGAAGAUAUAACAAGGGAAGCCGUCACUUUGGCCCAUUUAUUACGUGCUCUUCGGCAAGUGAAUGAACGAGUGACAAUGAUCAAACUUAUUUCGAUUUGGAAAGGGAAAGGAUUGAAAGCUGUUCAUAUGGAAAAUAUUAAGAAUCAUCCAAAUGUAUCUAUACCUGCAGAUAGCAAAUAUUCUACCGCCGAUUUAGAAAACAUUAUUAAUCAUUUAAUUGGAGAAGGUUAUUUAACUGAUGAUUAUCAUUUUACAGCAUAUUCUACAAUUGCUUAUGUUGUGGAAGGACCUAGAGCUCAACAAUAUAUUAUUGGAAGAGGACCUCAUACUUUGGAUAUCAAGAUGCAAUUCAUACGACAAGAAAAAAUAGGAACAACGAAAAAAAGAAAACGACCCAUCAAGGCCAUUGGUACCAGUAUAUUAGACGCAAUAAAUGUAGAUUAGUUAUUUAUCAUUUGUACAUAUAGUAAUCAUCUAGUUUAGCAUUAUUAUCCAAACAAUAAAAAAAGUAUUUUUAGCUCAUAA